AUGGCAUUUGCCCAAUCACACAUCAUGACGGCUAGAAGGCACCAACACAGUCGACUCAUAAUUGAAGUAGAUGAGUACAGCUCCAAUCCAACCCAGGCCUUCACCUUCUACAACAUUAACCAGGGACGUUUCCAACCUCCACAUGUACAAAUGGUAGAUCCUGUUCCACACGAUGCUCCCAGACCUCCAGGGUACACCCGUUUUGUUUGUGUGUCUGAUACUCACUCCAGAACAGACCCAAUUCAAAUGCCAUAUGGAGAUGUUCUAAUUCAUGCUGGUGAUUUCACUGAAUUGGGACUUCCUAGCGAAGUUAAAAAAUUCAACGAAUGGUUAGGUAGCCUACCAUAUGAAUACAAGAUUGUGAUAGCAGGUAAUCAUGAGCUGACAUUCGAUCAAGAAUUCAUGGCAGACUUAAUCAAGCAGGACUUUUAUUAUUUUCCCUCAGUAUCCAAACUGAAGCCAGAAAGUUAUGAAAAUGUGCAGUCUCUCUUAACGAACUGCAUAUACCUGCAGGAUUCAGAAGUAACAGUUAGAGGCUUCAGGAUAUAUGGUUCUCCAUGGCAACCUUGGUUUUAUGGCUGGGGCUUUAAUCUUCCACGAGGCCAAGCGCUCUUAGAGAAAUGGAACCUAAUUCCAGAUGGAAUAGACAUUCUUAUUACACACGGACCACCUCUUGGUUUCCUAGAUUGGGUGCCUAAGAAAAUGCAAAGGGUGGGUUGUGUUGAGCUGCUGAAUACAAUCCAGAGACGAAUACAACCACGACUUCAUGUUUUUGGACACAUUCAUGAAGGUUAUGGUGUUAUGGCUGAUGGAACAACUACCUAUGUGAAUGCUUCUGUCUGUACUAUGAAUUACCAGCCAUUGAAUCCACCUAUAGUAAUUGAUUUACCUACUCCAAGAAACACAUAA